AUGAACAUGCGCAUUGAUGUACUCCCCCCCACACCACCACCACCGCCGCCGCCGCUACAUGGUGGUGUACCUGGAUUGAUUCAAAGCCUUGACAUCAAGAGGGCAGAAGACCUCUCCUCAGUAGAGCUCCUGAACCCAUUGGGGUCGCUCUAUCCUCACGUCGUCGCCCUCCAACUCCAAUCCGACGAUACCCCAUGGAUCCGAGCCAAAAACUCGCCUGGCUAUCGCGACCCCAAUUCCUGGAUAGACGUAUACUCCACCGAGGAUUAUUCCAAGCCGUCGGCGCGCAGAAACUGUGGUGAGUUUAUCCAUCACAUUUGA